UUCAUCAGCAACAAAGCAAGCAAGCAACAGUACAGCCUUCCAAACAAAGCACUUCAAUCAACUUUUCAAUUCUAUCACAAUGCAGUUCACCAUUGUCUCUGUCAUCGCAGCUCUGGCCGCUACGGCCAUCGCCGUCCCCGUCCCAGGCGAGAACCACCACCCCACAGCAAAGGCCAACUUCAUCGGUGCCGCGGACGCCUCGUUCACCCAGGACUUUAAGACCGAUGGCACUUACACUGCCAUUAACAAUGUCCUGAGCAUCUCCAAAAUCUCCGUCCCCGCUGGCGUCAAGUGCACUUUCCAUGGUAUUGACGGGGGAGUGACCAAGGUUAGCGACCGGGCUGUUGUUGAUGUUGGUCCACCGCAGACGCAGGUUUCGGGGGCUUGCUGGAAUCUGUAAGGGUUUACAGAGUUGAUGGGUGUAUAUGAUGGGUUGUGAGGGUUGGGUUUGUAUAUGUUUGUUAAUAUGGUGGUUUGGCAUAUAAUCACGGUCUUUGUAUAUGAUGUUUUGUCUGUGAUGGUUUGGUAUAUAUGUUUACGGUCUCUACGAUGUUAUGUGUUAUGUCGAUGUCGGUCCUUAUGAGUUAUGUCAAUAAUUUCGGUUUAAUAUGAAUCAGUCUAUGUCCGAAUUUAUCUAUCCCGAGUCUAUCCCACCAUGUGCAGGCUAAGCACUCUCCAACGCCCACCUCACCAACUCCGCAAUCUUCCGACUAACCACAUCCUUCCGCGGAAUCUCAUGCCCCCCAUCGUGAGCAU